AUGGCUGGUGACUUGGUGUCCCUUAGCCAUGGCACCGUCACUCCAGUGUCUGCCACCAGAUCAUCCUAUGACAUGCUCCCUGAGUGUCUGUGUCCAGGUUUCCCGGCCAUAGCUUUCGGGCAUGCCUUAGCCCAGUGGAACUCAUCUCGACUUGAUCGCAUAGAUCAUACAAAUAAAGGCGUGGUCGCAGUGCCGGGGACAACUCAGAAGAGCCAUGAGGCAGAGUCCAGUGCCCUGAGCUCUCUGAGUCUCCUGUCAGGAGCGGACCCAGGACACCUGUCCCAGCAAGCGCAGGUCACCAGUUCACAGGACCAGGAGCCACUUGGGUCUUGCAGCCUCUCGGAGGUGGGCUCAGAGUUCCUGCCUUUCUUUCACACUCAUGAGCAGUCCCUGGACGUGGAGGAACUGGCCCAGCAGUGUGAAGUCUGCCCUGGACACAAAGAUGGCUGGAGCCCCAGAGAGGGUCUGUUCCUCGGGGAGUCGGCGCCACCCAGUGGCUUCUUCCCAUACUACCGCUCUCCGGAAGAGUAUCUCCCCAGCACCACCCCUCAAGGCUGUUGGUGUCUGGGCACCAGAGACCUCUUUCCCACAGCACAGGAUGGCUGCUGCAAGGUGACAGCCAGGGAUGGAUGCCCUUCUGCCUUGGCAGGGCCAGACGUCCUCUCUGGGUUUUCACCCUUACCAGCCUGCUGCCACUUCUUGAGAGGGUUCGUGUGUGACGGCAACCAGGAUCUGCCUCUCUCGGGGGAACAUGCUCUCGGUGCUUCCGGAUUUGUACCAUAUUACAGAAGCCCUGAAGAACACCUUCACACCAGCCCGGAGCCUUCUUCCCCGGUGUUAGGGGGCUCGAGGGAGUGA